GCGGUUGUAUAGGAUGUGUUUGGGCAGACGAACAGUGAUGGCGAGCCACGUCAGAGAAAAGAAUAGUUUGAAUUGGGGUGAAAUGUAACAGCAAAAUGAGUUCUACCUCAUAUCCAUCGACAGUCCAUGACUGGAUGCAAGCUAUACGACGGCCAGUGCCAUACAGAGUUGGCAAUGCACGCCUCCAUGUCAAAACACGUACAGUUGCAUAUGGGGUGAUGUUCAUGGCAGCAAUUCUUAUACUCGUUAUUUAUAUUUUACCCACACAAUAUAUACAACGAAAUUGUCCAGAUAUUUAUCCGGUUUUACAUGAUUAUACUUAUCCAUUUACAUCUCCGUUUAAAAAUGAAUCUGGGGUUCAUUAUAAAAUAGCUGUUGUAACGGAUCUGGAUACAGAUUCUAAGAGUAAAAAGGACAAAGAUACAUGGUUCAGUUACAUGUUACAUGGAACUUUGUCAAUAUCUACAGACCAGAAACAUGUUAAUGUUAAUUUUGAUUUGGAGCCAAAAACUCUGAAAUCUACGUGGGGUCAUGGAGGGCGUGGUAUGGAGCUGUCUGAGCUUAUUGUAUUCAAUGGAAAACUCUAUACGGUGGAUGACAGGACCGGAGUUGUUUAUGAGAUCAUUGACAACAUGGUGGUUCCCUGGGUCGUUCUUACAGAUGGUGAUGGCAGAUCACAGAAAGGUUUCAAGAGUGAGUGGGCUACAGUCAAAAAUGGAAAAUUAUAUGUUGGGGGAUUGGGUAAAGAAUGGACAACACAGACCGGGGAAGUAGUCAACUUAAACCCUCAGUGGGUAAAGUCCAUCUCAGCCACUGGGCAGGUAGCACACCAUGACUGGCAUACACAUUACAAUGCCAUGAGGAAAGCCACUGGAUAUGGCCUACCAGGAUAUAUGAUCCAUGAGUCCUCGGUAUGGAGUGAUAUACACAAGCGCUGGUUCUUCCUUCCGCGACGAGCCAGCAAAUCCAGAUAUGAUGACAAGACAGACGAAAGAAGGGCAACCAACAUAAUGAUAAUAGCAAACGACAAAUUUGAUGAUAUUGAAAUAAGAUAUAUUGGCGUUAAAAAUGAGUUGAGGGGAUUUUCCUCAUUCAAAUUCAUUCCAGGGACAAAUGAUCAGAUGAUAGUUGCAUUAAAAUCAGAGGAAGUAGAAGGAAAAGUUGCAUCAUACAUACUGGUAUUUACUGUAAAAGGAGAUAUCAUUCUUCAUGAUAAGAAAAUAGGAGAUUUUAAAUUUGAAGGAGUAGAAUUCAUUUGAGGUAGGUAACUGAUGUUUAAGACUCUUUUUUACCUCAUAUGAGUAUUUGUUCAUCAUAUUUAUGAAGAUUUAUGUUGUGCAGCACAAACAGGGUAUAAUGAUCUUAACCAUUUAGUGGAAUUUAUUACUUCUUAAAUCAGCCCUGCUUGAGACAUUUUCACAAUUUUUAGAGUGUGGAUACAAUGUGUAGCUCUACAAUUCUUAACUACUUUAAUUUAGUCAUUUAUCUUUUUGGGGGAUGGAAAAAAUAACAAAAAAUAGAUGCAUUGAAUGACUUGAUAUAUCUUUUUCAUAAUUACCAUAAAAUGUCUUAAAACAUUGUCAGGACUUUAGAAAUUGCAUUAGAUUUGAAAGUAUUCCUUUACAAACAACUAAAUGAAUUAAACCCUAACUGGGAUGUGGCUUUUAUAUGACAUUCCAUUUGUAUAUGCACACAUUAGUACAUGUACAUGUACUUCCAAAUAUUAAUACCAACUUUCUGGAACAAAAUUUAAAAACUUUCAUAAAAUUUCUUGGAGCCUUGUUCCUAUUUAUAAAGCUUGAGUAGUUUUGCAGUAGUGCUGUUUGCUAUGUGAUACUCUUUAGUACAGUGUAAUAUUUUUUCUAUUCAAUAAGUCGAGGAUAAUAAUAUUCUUUGUGCUAGUUCAUCGCUUUCCAAAACUAUGAAACUGUCUUAAGUGGGUUUAUUAUGAGAAGAAUGAAUGAUAUAGAUAUAUUUAUAAAUGAUUAUGUGUUCAAUGCCUUCAGCGUUAUUAGUCCCUCACUGGUGGGGGUGGGGUUGGCAGGACAGGACUAUAGGUUUUACAUUUACCUAUGCAUCCAUUUAUCCUUCUGCUUAUCCUGUCUAGGCUCUCUCUCUCCUACACUUACUUGAGGUUUACUUGCUUUGAACUUAUGAUAUUGCUAAGAUAAGUAAUAUUUCUAAAUUCAUUCAUAUUAAUACCACCAACUGCAAUUUGAAUUCAGUUGGUCUGUUAAACAAUCAGUAUGCAUAAUUAGUUCCAACACAAAUUUAUUAUCACAUCCAGUGGGAGACUCUAAAUCAACGAAUCAUCUUGUUGUUAUUUAUUUCAAGAAUUAUUAUUUGAUAAGAUUCAUUGGAAAACAAUUCUUUAGGGUAUUUGUCACCUUGAAAAUUCAUAGGUCUGAUAAAUGAGAAAUUUUAAAUCUAUUUAAAUAUGAUAUCAAUUACAUUACAGCAAGAGUCUUUAACUAUCAGAACAUCACAUACUUUGGAUUUCAUAGACAUAUUAAUCCAUGAGUGCUUUUUGUUAUAACAUGCAAGUACACAUAUUUACCAACAUGUUAUCAUAAUUAUAUGAUGCAAUGAAAAUACAAAAUAAUUUUAGAAAAAAGCAAGAAAUCAAAUCAUUUACGUAAAAUCACAGGGACAUAGAUCAAAUUCUCAACCCAAAAUCUAUAUAUAUAUUGUAUACAUUUGAAACAUUAUUGUAUAAAUUGUAUACAGCUAUGUAUAGGACAAUAGGUUGGGAAUUUUUUUGGGGGAAGUUCUUGUGUGUAAAAUUAAAAAGCCAAUGAGUUGACAUAAGUUUCAGUUAUCGUGCAUAAUUUCUUUUAUUGUUUGUCAUAAUGACUCUUUCUUUGGAACAGCUGGACAAAUUUCAUAAAGAUAUUUUUCAAUGUACAUCAAAAAAUUUCAUGCUUGUUAUUUCUUCUGAUAUUGAUUUUCACUGUGUGAAUUUUUGUUUUCAUUCCUGAAGUCUCUUUUUUAAUGGAGGAAUGUCUGUAUUAAUUUUAUAGAUACUGUGUUAAACUUGUAUGCCAUAUGAAAUGUAGAAUUAUGCUUUAUGUAUACAGAUGUGUCUUUCCUAAUUUUUUAUUUUAUUUUUUUUAAUUUUUAAUUUUCAAAAUCAUAUUGGUAUUUACUCUUAUAAAUCACCAGGGGGCACAAGACUUUUUAUUUAGGUUCCCUGUCCUGGCUUAUGCAUUUUGACUUCACAGUCAGUUAUAGUGUCAAAUGUAAUGUUUUGUAUUCAUGCUUAAAAAUUAAAUUUCUUUGUCCUGUGAUAAGCCCACUUCCUAAUUUGAAUCAAAAGGCCCACUCCAUCCUUUCUUGGGGCAGUUAUCUUGAGAAUCUGGGGUCAUGUAUUGUCCUGUACUGUCAUAUUUGUGCCCUUAGGAUAGCAUAUGAUUGACCUCCCAUAUGAUAUCUAGUGAGGUAGUUGCCCCAUAAUGAUUCUAGCUGUUGAUGUUCUAUCAAAGAAACAGGUCAAGUAUUGUACGCUGAGUCAAAGUUUGUAUGAGUUAUUGAUACAUCAUCAUCAUCUCAAUUUACUAAAUAAGUGCCUACAAGAGGGUUAUUGCAAAUUUUGAUUUUGAUUCUCUCAAUUUGAAUCAGAUUCAUGAGUUCUGCAAAAUUUUCAAUUUGAAAGUGCUUUUAUGUAUGCAUAUUGAACCACUAGUGAAAACAAUUUACCAUUUGGCUUUUAGUUGUGUCCUUUCAUAAGUUAUAGGGAUAACUUGAGAUUUAAAAACAGGAAUGUUAUGGGAAGUUUAAAAUUCAAGCCAGUAAAAUCUUACAGGACCCAUAUUGAGCAUUGAUUUUUCUACUGUUGAUAACUUUUUUCUCCUUGAAUUCUUAGUGAAGAUCAGCUGCAUUCAAUUUUUAUUUUUUGAAUAUGACUUUUAAAUACAGGAUUAAUGUAAUUGCUAAGUUUGAAUUGUACAUAAACAUUGUACAAAAUAUCAUGGCUUAAUCAGAGUAAUUCUGUUGUCUUUAGUCCAGGUAGCUUGUUGAAGGAAAUGUUCAUUUUUGGCUCAUAUUGCCUGAAGGGCAAAGUGAGCUUAUGUCAUGGUACAGUGUCCAUUGUCUGUCCGUCUGUCAUACAGCUCCCGGACUGAUUUUGCUGAUAGGUUCCUGGGAUGGAGUCCCUCAAAGUUUGUGAAAAGAAAUUAGCUUAACCUAUAUUUGAGGUCACAUGGAUAAAAUAUGUAAGAACAUUCAAAUGACUUCUGGUUUACCAAAAGGCUUAGAAUCAUGAUGUUUGGCUUGUAGGUUCCUGGUAUAGAACCCCACAAAGUUUGCUAAAAAAGAAUAUUCAAUACCACAGGGUCGGAUUUGUUAAAACAAUCAAACAACUUCUUUUCACAAACCAAAAGGUCUAGAAUCAUGAUAUUUGGCUGGUAGGUCCUUAGAUAAAGCCCCACAAAGUUUGUGAAAAAGAAAUGAACUUGACCCAUAUUCAAGGUCACUUGGGUCAAAUUUGUUGAAAAACAUAAAGGGCUUCUUCUGAUUGACUGAAAGGCUUAGAAUCAAAUUCAUUUGAUUGUAACUGAAAAGUAGAUAAUUAUCAAAGAAGUGAAUACCAGGUGAUUGAUACAGGCACAUUGGGCCUCUUGUUUUUAUCAAAUUGAUUGAUACAUGUAGUUGCCACUCCAUGCUGAUUUCAUUAUAUCAUUACAUCAUGUGCAUACAAUGCUAAUUAUGGUAAUUUAUAAUUCUUUGCAUGGCAUUUUCUUCUCUUUUCUUUGCAUUUGCAUCCUAUUUUUUAAUUGUAAAUUUUUUUCCGUCAAUAGGCAAUAUCAUUUCUUUCAACAAAGAAACAAAUAAUUUGGUAUGAAUUACAUAUAUAAUUUAGUAUUAUGUAGGGAAUACAAGGCUUCAAUAUCAGUGUCAUUGAAAAUAAAAGAUUUAUGUUAUAUAAGUGUUAGUAAAAUACUGUAAUGUUGAUCUAUAGAAUUUAUUUUCAUUUUUAUUAAGCGAUAGUCCCUGGGUUUGCUGGAUAAGCCCUGCAUUUACUUGUAUUGUAAAAUUAUUGUAAAAUGUUAUCUUUAAGUUUCUUGUUUGUCUGAAAGGAAAGGUGAUUGAAGUAAUAUAUAUAUAAUCAGUUAUAAUAUCACUUUAAACAAAAUACUGCUUCUAAUAACAAAAAACACACUUUUAAAAUGUUAAUCAUCCAGUGUAUAUAAAGUAUAAAGCAGGAAGGCAAGUUGUGUGCCUCCAUCAGGGAAUGCCAACCGAUUCCUAGCUUGCUGCUAAUGGGAAAUAUUUAGCCCAAUUAUGUUCAACCUGCCACUUGUACAUUAGAUUUUAACACCACCAUUAUCAGAUGGUCAACUGUUCAAAUAGCUGUUCAUCUAUGGUCAGACCAUAAACAAUCUUUGUUCUUGCUAAUUUUUGAGAGCACUUCAUAUGCAUAGCUUCUUUGUUCCUUGUUGUAUAUGUUCAAGAGAGAGAUUGGGAAACAAAAUGGCUGACAGAUGACCAUUUUGAAUUUUGACUGUUGAAGUUUGUUAUCACUUUUUCUCUGUGGAUUAUUACUACAUUGUAUACAGUAUAGGAAAAAAAUAAUUCUUUUUUUGUAUGUGGUUGUGCAUGAUCAAUUUUGGAACUGAUUAGAAGUAGAAAAUUGAAGUAAUAUUUUGUGAAUGCCAUGUGAAGAUAGAACAGGUAAUUGUUAUGUGGAAAAAGGAGAAAAGUACACAAAAGUUCAAACCUACAUAGAACCAACCAACUUCAAUGGUGCUUAUCAGGAUUCUUAGGGAGCUCUUUGUUAAAAUUUUAUUGUUGUGGCAGGCUGGUCAUUGUUUUAUUUAGGUUA